AACAAUCACACUCAAAUCAGAAACACAGAUACAUUCGCUCAUCGUCACUCGUUUCAUCAGUCAUUACCUAUCUUUUCUUCAAGUCAAUAUUUUAUUACAUACCUUCGGUUUUUACGGGAUUUCAAUCUUCUCACCAAUAUGAAGACUCCAAUUAUUCUGUUUCUUGCCCCUUUCCUCGCCUCCGCGGCUGUGUUGCUCGAGAACCGCGGCAAUAAUCUGGACCCUAGAUCAUACAGGGUUUCCUGUCCGGAAACAGCCGUGAAACUGGAUGACAAAAACCUUCAGGCAGCACGCCAGAAGUUCCAGAAGCAACGCAAAGGCAAGGUGACUGACGAAGUAGCCUCUGUCACAGACGGGAGUGUGAAGGUGUAUAUCUGCAACAACAACCCUUAUCUUGGGAAAAUUUUAGAUGGGGGGAGAGCGAGCGUUGAGGUCACCGACAAGAAGGUGGCCAACUGGAUGGCUACGAUUGACAAGUGGUGCGGUCCGGGCAACGCAGGCCAUAUGGAUGCGCCUGUAGCGGAUGGAAACUUUGGACGGGCCGCAGAAGGAGACAAAAUCUGUGAUGGCUUUAAAGUUUCAUAA